UUUACAUUUUUUUUUUCAGUUCGAGGUUGCUUUUAGAUCAUGUAGAUCAAGUUGAUUACUGGUUGAAGUUUCUUAUACAGUAGAAAUUGUAUUCAUUUAUCUUUUAAGUAGGGGGAUUCAUUGCCAGUUUGCUUUGUUAUUUCACUUUACUAUCUAUGGCAAAAGUCCCAAGUAGGAGCAUGAUAAACAACUCAAUCCGGGGCAAAUUUGAUCUAUACUAUUAUUACUUAACUUAAAACAAAUACCCAUUUAAAAUAAUUCAUAAUAAAUUAAACCUUAUAUGACUCAACAAGAAAAAGUUGAAAAAUCUGAAAAUAGGAUUGAAGGAAUCUGGCUUGAACUUCAAGGGACGAUAUGCCCCAAAGUUUGAGGAAGUACGAAAAAUAUAGUAGUAGCAUCGGUUUCCCACUUUUCAAUCAUGUCUUUUAAAAAUAAUUAUUGUUAGGAAAUACUUCGAAUUUGAUAUCUUCAAUUUCAUCACAAUAUCUUGUGGAGUAAAGUGCACCCGCAAUUCGAGGUCCAGGAAAAUAUCGGACUAUAUUGAGUCAGUUGUAAAAUCUAAUGAAUAAAAAAUAUUACUGACAUGAUAUGCCUGUUGACUACUUUAAUCCCAACUUUCUUAUCUAAUUGUCCUAAUAGCAUUUGAAACCCAGGGAGACCUUUGGUUUGGAGAAAUUGGUAAUGUAUUAAAAUUUUUAAUGCAGAUCAUUUCUUGUAUCUCCAUUGCAAUUAUAAUAUGAUUUAUUUAGGUGUACUUGAAAAAAAAAAAUCUAGUUGACAAAUGAUUUAUUUAUCAUUCCCAGCUUUUCCAUGCUUCCUUUCUCUAAGAUUUUCUCGAGCGAACACUUAAAAAUUGAAUAGAAAGUGAUUAAAAAUGCCCUUAAACUAUGUGACCCUCUUGGUCAUCAGUUAAUAAUUUGGAAAAUGCCUCUACCGUUAAUAGUUUGGUCCAAAAAUGACCUCUUAUUACGGUGUAUUAUUUGGUACUAUAGUAUCUUUUUCAAUUGUUUCUUUAUUACUACAUUGUAGAGCUGAUCUCUUAGCUGUUCUUUUUUCAUAUAUACUUCAUACACACAUCAGAAGUAUUAAAAGAAGAAGACGCAAUCAAUUCAAGGAGAGGUAUACAACAGACUAAACAACCAAAGGGAGAAUUAAAUUAUAUAUUAGAUGAGGAACUCAUCAUUUUCCUCUUUAAUUUACGCUGUUGGAUUGACGAUGAAAUGAUGGAGAUUGAAGAAGCAAACGAACCACAGGGCUGCAAUGGUAUGGUAUAUGCUCAUCUGGCUUGGAAGGAUGUUAAUGUAAUGGUCACACUGAAUAAUGGAGAUACAAGAAAUGUAUUAGAAGGACUUACUGGUUAUGCAGAGCCUGGAACUUUUACUGCCUUAAUGGGCCCUUCUGGCUCUGGUAAAUCUACGCUUCUUGACGCCCUCUCUGGACGUCUUGCUUCUAAUGCUAUUCUCUCUGGAAAAGUUCUACUCAACGGUCGUAAAGCUAAGCUCUCAUUUGCAACUGCAGCAAAUGUAACACAAGAUGAUAAGUUGAUUGGAACGCUAACGGUUCGGGAGAUGAUUUACUAUUCGGCUCAAUUGCGUCUCCCUGAUAGGAUGCCAUUAUCGGAGAAACGAACUCUGGUUGAGAGCAGAGCACAAUUAUUGAAAUGGGUUUACAAGAUUGUGCUGAUACGUUUAUUGGGAAUUGGCACUU